AUGUCUACUCAAGCUGCUACAAAGAUCCGAACAUCCGUCAUGGUCUUCCAUCACAUCUACUCUUCCAAGAAGCGCCGUGCCAUGAAAGAAUGGGCACAAGACGCAAACCUCGGCGCACUCUGCAAAGUCGGAAAUGCGGGGAUCCUCGUCGUCGAAGGACCAGACGAGAUAGUGCAAGACUACGUAUCUAAAGUCAAGCAAAUGCGCUGGCAAAGCUGUCACCUCCGCUCGGAACGUAUCCGCGAAGACGAUCCUCCGGCCCGUUCUAAGGGGAAGGGGAAGAAAGAGGAGCCUCAGCCUAGACUGAAAGAUUGCGCCGGUUAUGUGGAGUAUGAGAAGGUGUCGGAACUUAACAGCCAAAUGGAUAAAUUCGGUCUUCAAGGGAUGAUCAAAGAAGCGCUCUUCUAA